UGUGCGCCAUGUAGGGCUGUUCCCUCCUGGUCCGGAUUUACAACUGCCACCGUUGGUCUCCGCUUGCCUCUGCCGGCCAGGUCGGCGCUCCCUGGGUCUCCCACUCCCCAAGCUGCCCUUGGCCUUUCUCAUUUUAUCUAUCUCGGAGGUGCUGGGAAAGCUGAGGAGAAUCAGACCAGCUCCAGGUUUCCUCUCCCCAGCGUCCCCCAUGUCCCUUGCCACCAGCACGAGAAGAAACGGCCACAUGGUCCAGAGAGCCCCGCUCCCACCCCUGCUGCUCCUGUCACUGUUGAUCCCAGGCUCGUGGGCUGUGCCAGAGGCACAGCCACUUCACCGAGUGGCGGGGCAGACGCUUUCUGUGACAUGCCAGUACCCCCCCAAGGGCUGGCCCUACGAGAGGAAGAGCUGGUGUAAGGAGUUAUCGGCGGUCAAGUGCACCAGGUUAGUCACCAGCUCCGGUCCCCGCAGGCUGGCUCAGGCCUCUCGAUUCUCAAUCUGGGACAACCCUAGCACCGGCCUCUUCAUUGUCACCAUGACUGGGCUGAAGGAGGAAGAUUCAGGACACUACUGGUGUAGAAUUUACCAUGCUUCCGACAACUCUGUCUCUAAGUCCAUAAGGUUCUAUCUGACGGUGUCUCCAGCCCCCAUCACCUUUCCAGACAUGGCCUCCCACCAGCCUCCAUCAAGAGCUCUGAGCACUGCUUCCACCUCCACGCAGGCCACCCGGGCUUCCCGUGACCUGAUCUCAUCACAGACCCAGAGCUGUGUGUCCUCCACUGGAAGAACCAGAGAGGCCCCCAGGACUUCCUCUGCCAUCACUGCCCCUUCACAGCAACAAAACUGCACCCUCCACUGUCACCCUGCAGCCCCGGGCGCUCUGGUCUCCAUGCUCUGUGGACUCCUUCUGGCCAAGAGCGUGGUGUUGUCAGCCCUGCUUGUCUGGGCCUUAAGGAGUCGACAUGCGCAACACAGAGGGAGGUCUCUGAUGCACCCAGCUCAGUCCAGACUCCAGGCCUCAGGGCCCAAGAAGGAUGGCCAGUAUCCCCCAAGCUCCCCAGGGGCGCCUCCCUGACCUCUGAACCCUUCGGUCCUUGCAAAGAAAAGGCGGAAGUCCCCCAGAACUUGAUCCAACACCCUUGGCUACACCCUUCACUCCAGUGUUGAGGAUUUCUCAGCCUGGCCUCCUCCCAAAGUCCAGGCCCACAGCUUGCUCACACACAGCUGGCAUCUGGGCCAGCACCAUCCAGGGAUGGGAGCCGAAGACCAGUGCAGUGGCUGUCCACCAAACUGGAGCCACCACGGCGGGCCACUCUGACCCCACCAUCUUCUCCCCUAGGCCUCCCCCUCAUCCUCCUGCUCCCUGCCUCCUCCUCCUCCUCUUGUCCUUCCCCCUCUUCCUCCUCCCCUCCUCCUCUCCUUCCCCCUCCUCUCCCUCCUCCUCCUCCUCCUCCUCCUCCUCCCUUUCCCCUCCUGUCUGUGGCCCCACAGCUCAGCCAGGAUCCCAGGUCACCCCCAGCAUUUCUCUCUCCAUCCCUGUUUGCUCAGCCACACUCUGCCAAGACCUCUGUUCUGCUUCUGUCUGUGGCUUCUGCCUCUUCCUCCUCUUCCUCCCCCUUUGCAAAUCCCCAGCACCUGGCACUUGUACCCAGGCCACUCUUUCAGUCACCUAACUGGCAUCCUGCCUUUGGUCUCCACCUCCUAGAUUGUUCCCCCUUGUCCGUCCUUUCUCAACAACACCUCUGUGCAUUUUUACUGCACAGGAGGUGGGGGCCUCUGCUCUGCCAAGUUCAGCCACCCUAGUCACCAUCACCACGUCACUAUGUACCACGCUUACUGCCCUUGAAGCCACCAAGAUGGCCACAGGCUCUGGUGAGGAGUCGCCCCCCCUUGUCCUGCACAAGCUGAGUGGGAGGCUCCACAGUGGAGACCACCCUGGUCUGACCCGAGGCACUGCCCCUCGUAGGACUGCUGUGUGUCUGACACUUACUAUCUCGGUGUCGGACUUCCCAGACUGAGCCUCUAGAUUUAUCUUUUCUCUCCUGUCCUUCCUCUAUUUUUCCUUAUUCCUACUUUCUGGGAAAGCUUCUCAAAGUUGCAUUCCGGUUCUUCUAUUCAAAGAUUUACCGUUUAUGCUCUCACAUCUUAAAAUGUCUAAAGGGUCUAUUUGUGCUCCGAAUGUUCCUUUACGACGACAUGCGUGUUUGCUUUGGCGACGCCAUUUUUUCUCCGGCAGUGUUAAAGUUUUAACUUUUGAGGGUUGUGGUGUUUUAUUUUUUUAAGCCUUGUCUGUUUUCUGUUUCCCCCAAAUACCUUUUUCUAUCUUUUGUUUUCUCCUUUCGUUGACCGCUGUCUUUCCUCAGAACUUUCUGGAAGCCUCUGCUGCUUCUUGGCAGAGCACCGGUAUUUAAAAGCUUGGAGGCUUGGGGCGCCUGGGUGGCA